GGUCGUUUUAUUUGUAACUAUAAAAAAUGAAUAUUUUUCUGAAAAUAUUUUCCAAAGAAAAACCCGUUCAACCAAAGGAAGGAAACCCCCCAGUUGGUUCUCCCACUUCUGUUUUCUUCGGCUUGCCUGGCUUCUCUUACAUGGUGGCAUUAGAAUCUACAAUCAGAGCGUAGAGGGAAAGAGAAGAGAAAAGAAGCCAUGGGCGAUGGUACUGUUGUGUCCAGCAGAGGCAUCACGGGCACCGCCGCAGCCGCCAGCAACAACACCGGCCAUGGCAACAAGCCCGAGUGGCUGCAACAGUACGAUCUCAUAGGCAAAAUCGGCGAGGGUACGUACGGUCUCGUGUUCUUGGCAAAGCCCAAAUCGCCCGCGAGUCGUGGCAAGUCUAUCGCCAUCAAGAAGUUUAAGCAGUCCAAGGACGGUGAUGGCGUCUCCCCCACCGCUAUCCGCGAAAUCAUGUUGCUUCGGGAGAUUUCACAUGAGAAUGUUGUUAAGCUGGUGAAUGUGCACAUCAAUCAUGCAGAUAUGUCACUUUAUCUGGCCUUUGAUUAUGCUGAGCAUGACCUUUAUGAAAUUAUUAGACAUCAUAGGGACAAGGUUAGCCAUGGUAUCAAUCAAUACACUGUGAAGUCAUUGCUCUGGCAGCUGCUUAAUGGACUGAACUAUCUUCAUAGCAAUUGGAUCAUACAUCGAGAUCUAAAGCCGUCAAAUAUCUUGGUUAUGGGUGAUGUCGAUGAGCAAGGUGUUGUUAAAAUCGCUGAUUUUGGACUUGCUAGAAUUUAUCAAGCUCCCCUAAAGCCAUUAUCUGAAAAUGGGGUUGUGGUAACUAUUUGGUAUCGUGCACCUGAGUUGUUGCUUGGAGCUAAGCACUACACUAGUGCUGUUGAUAUGUGGGCUGUUGGAUGCAUAUUUGCUGAGCUUCUGACUUUGAAGCCACUAUUUCAAGGGCAAGAGGUCAAAGCCCCGCCGAAUCCUUUUCAGCUUGAUCAACUUGACAAAAUAUUCAAGGUUUUAGGUCAUCCCACACAGGAGAAGUGGCCAACUCUUGUGUAUCUUCCGCAUUGGCAAUCAGACUCACAGCACAUCCAGGGGCAUAAAUACGACAAUCCUGGACUUCACAGCGUUGUGCAUCUCCCUCUGAAAAGUGCUGCAUAUGAUCUCCUCUCGAAGAUGCUUGAAUAUGAUCCUCGAAAGCGUAUAACAGCCGCACAAGCUUUAGAACAUGAGUAUUUUCGACUUGAACCUCUACCUGGACGCAAUGCACUGGUGCCAUCUCAACCGACGGAAAAGGUCGUGAAUUAUCCUAUUCGCCCAGUGGAUACAAAUACAGAUUUUGAAGGAACAACUAGCCUUCAACCUUCUCAACCGCCAUCAUCUGGAAAUGCAGUUUCAGGGAGCAUGGCUGGGGCUCACGUGGUGAAUAACAGAGCUGUGCCUCGCCCAAUUGUUGGCAUGCAAAGGAUGCAACCUCAGGGGAUGGCAGCCUAUAAUCUCGCAUCUCAGGCUGGUCUUGGUGGUGGAAUGAAUCAUGCCGGUAUCCCAAUGCAGCGAGGUGUUUCCGCCCAGGCUCAUCAGCAGCAACAGUUGAGAAGGAAAGACCCUGGGAUGGGGAUGACUGGAUAUCCUCCACAACAGAAAUCAAGACGCUUCUGAGGGCAUGAUUUGGACAGCUACACUUCCUGAAUGCAGCCUAUCAUGAACAGCUCAAUCAUGGCUUGGAGGUUGCUCUGGAUCAUCCAGAACUCUGGAUGAGCAGAUCACGUCAUUAGUCUCUGGGCUGCUGAGUUCAUUGGUUCGAAAACGGUCCUAAUUCAGUUGAGCGUGGCUGCAAUCGUACUUCAUGCAUGACAUGAAGCUGCCACCUGCACAUUGUAUACAGAAUGUUGUUGUAGGCAUGUAAAUUUUCAUUACUGUUAUUAUGUAAUGAGUAGACUAUUCUUUGCAUUGCCAUUUGUGAAACGAUAACCAGUCGUUUAUGUUUAUCGAGCUUCAUUUGAGCCUAUUAAACGAGCCUGUGAACAAGCUAAGCUAAUGAAACCUAUUCAACGAAUUCAA